CUCCUACUCAAGACAACUUAAAUACGUUCGUGGAAUACGUGUGGGCGUUUAAUAUUUCCCGAAUAAUAAUGCUCACACCGACUGUAACAUAUAACACGCGUCACUGCUAUGAGUACUGGCCUACGUCUGUAAAGCUGCCUCUCAACUGUGGCGACAUCCAGAUAGAGCUGGUGGCCUCAGUGACCCGUGCAGACUGGAUCAAGAGAACUUUAAGCUUGAGAAAGGAAGGUUUUGGGUCUCCCAGACAGAUAGAACAAUACCAGUUCAAAUCCUCGCCUGACACGUGUGUGGAUCCUUCUGUGCUGCUUAGCGUGCGACGGUACAUACUUAAGUCAAAGAGAACCUGCAAUGCCCCAUGCGGCCCUGUACUGGUGCAUGGAGGACAUAAUUUUGACAUGGCGGGCACAUACAUUGCUAUAGAAGAGAGCCUGGACAGAAUGGAAGACACCAAAAGCGUCCAGAUAUUUAACUUCGUAUUACAUCUAAGAAAGAAAAAUCCUAGGAUGGUGGAAACGCUUCAAAGUUACCAACUUAUCUACCAAACCGUUAUCUUGCAUACUCUCUGUGAUGAUACUUCUCUGACAAGAAAUAAAAUGGACGGCCUACUGAAAUUCUUACUUCUUCGCUGUCCAGAUUCAGGCAAAUCUGGUUUUGACGUAGAAUUUGGGCUGCUGAACAAGCUGACGCCCUCUCUGACGACAGGCGACUGUGCUGCUGGACACCGGAGAGAAAACAAAAUGAAGAACAGACAAAAUUAUGCACUGCCACGGGAUAGCUGCCGUCCAUACCUGUCUACUGUGGUCGGCUACAGGGAAAACGACUACAUCAACGCUGUUUAUGUUAACAGUUUCCAUCGAGAAAGGGAGUUCAUCGUUACACAGUGGCCUCUUGAGAACACAAAGGACGACAUGUGGAGAAUGAUGUAUGAUUGUGAAGUGGCAACAUUAGUGCUGUUAGAUCAUAUCACCACCAGGUUUGCCUCGUGG